AUGGCUGCGUUUUCGGAAAUAAUUGUGCAACGCAAGCUGCAAGAGUUGACUAAUACUAAGCAGAGCAUACAAACACUUUCUCUGUGGUUGCUGCACCAUCGAAAGCACGCGGCGGAAAUCGUAGAAUUAUGGUACCGACAGGUGAAACGGGAGAAGCGGUCUGAUCGACUGAUCGUGUUGUUUUAUCUCGCCAAUGAUGUCAUCCAGAACAGCCGUCGUAAGUAUCCGAUAUUCGCAGAGAACUUUAGGAGCUUCGUGCAAAGAGCAGUAAUGUACGCUAAACAGUAUAUGGAUCCUCAAGCGAUGACCACACUGCGCCGCAUCGUCGAAGUCUGGGAGCAACGGUCGAUAUACAGUCGCGACUUCCUCAACGUCCUCAAGUCUGAAUUCGCUUCAUUACGAAAGAACGAUAGCAGCCCGCAAGCGGGAGCCUUGUCCACGGAGUGCGUGGAUCCGAUUUCGCUCGUGGAAGAAAUUCAAUCACCGUCAGACACCGAAGUUGUUCCGAAGGAAAAAGAUAUGCAACCAAAAAUGCUGCGAUCUGGAUCGGUGCAUGUCUGCCUACCGGCGGAUAUAAAUAAAUUGAACGAAAUGCUGGUCGCCCCUCCAACGCCAUCAGAACUUUUGCAAAGUUUGCAGGAGCUGACGAAUGCACCUUCAGCAGACGUUGCCGUAAGGUACCGCUUUUUAUGCAUUCAAAUCGUAUCCGAUUUUUUACAUUGCCAGUCGGUAAUAUGGGCUGUUUUUGACAAGUACUUUCUAUGUGCAUAUGAUUUGUUUUUAUCUUCACACUCGAAUCAUCGGGAAAAGAUUGCCAGUUUUCCUCCCGAUGUUGCUGACGUCUCCGCGGUCAAGCGAAUUACCACCAAGGAAGAAUUUGAAAAGUUUCGGUCACUUGUCGAAGAAGCUCAUGAAGUGGUGGCCGCGUACAACGAGCGCUUGGCGGAGGAGAUGGUGAACAGAAGACGCAUACUUCAAAAGUUGGAUGCGUUUAUUCACGAACAGAAGAAAAAACGGGAGAGAGAUGCGAUCACUCUGUCGGAAUGGAAGAAAAAACUAGAAAUGAUUAACCAAGAAAGAUUAGAGCUGUUGAAACACAUCGAAUCACUGCCUGAUCUGUCUCGUCUUCCAGAUGUCAGCGAACUGCCUCCACUGCCUAGCGCCGACGAGCUUUUCAAUCCAUAA